UGUAAACACAUAGCAUAUAAUAAUGAAUAAGUGUGGAUUAAUGUUAUCGAGGACUGCUCGAUAUAUUUUUCGAUACUCAAAACAAGUAAGAGGAUUUCCUGUGACCAAAGCUCAGAAUUCUGCUUCAAAAUGCAUCUACCAAAAGCUUUUGGCUUGUUCCAGUCACUCCUGUAAUCUCACUUCAGGUCCGAGCAGUCUGUCUAUCCGAAGUCACACCUGUGAAGAACUGAGGUCCGGUCACACAGGAGAGGAAGUUACACUAUGCGGCUGGGUUCAGUACUUAAGACAGGAUCUGUUCGUGAUCCUGAGGGACUUCAGUGGCUUGGUGCAGGUUCUCGUCCCACCGGAUGAGCAGGAACUGAAAAACGUGAUCAGCGGUUUAUCGGUCGAGUCGGUCAUCAAGGUGAAAGGAAGAGUUCGGCUUCGUCCGGAAGGUCAGAGAAAUAAGAACAUGACCACCGGAGAGAUUGAAGUGUGUGCUGAGAGCAUUGAGGUGUUCAACACCUGUCGUAAACUGCCUUUCGAGAUUAAAGACUUUGUCAAGAAAUCGGAAGCUCUCAGGAUGCAGUACAGGUACCUCGAUCUCCGCUCCUCUCGAAUGCAGUACAAUCUGAGACUGAGAUCACGACUUGUGAUGAAAAUGCGAGAGUACCUUUGCAAUCUACACGGAUUUGUGGAUUUGGAGACACCAACACUGUUUAAACGAACCCCUGGGGGUGCCAAAGAGUUUGUGGUGCCGUCUGGAGAGCCCGGGAAGUUCUACUCUCUUCCACAAAGCCCACAACAGUUCAAGCAACUUCUGAUGGUGGCAGGUUUUGACAGGUACUUUCAGCUGGCACGCUGCUACAGAGACGAGGGCUCCAAGCCUGACAGACAGCCUGAAUUCACACAGGUGGACAUUGAGAUGUCCUUUGUGGAGCAGGCUGGAAUCAAGGCUCUGAUCGAAGGCUUGCUUCAAUACUCCUGGCCGGAGGAAAAAGGAUCCCUGAGUGUCCCUUUUACCAGCAUGACUUACGAGGAGGCCAUGAAAGAUUAUGGAGUGGACAAACCUGACACCAGAUUCGACAUGAAGCUGGUGGAUGUCACCGAGACGCUCCAGAACACACAGAUUGAGUUCAUCAGGGAAGCAAUCGACCAACCAGGCGGUUGUAUACAGGCCGUCUGUGUUCCAGAGGGAGCUAAGCACUUGAACAGCAAGGACGUGAGAUUUCUCAAACAAGAAGCCAAUACUCUCUUUAACCAAGAGGUGGACUGCAUGCUGGUCAGGGCAGGAGGCUCGGUCAAAUCUCCUCUCGGUCAGCUGUUGCCAGACACAACAAGGCUGCAACUGCUGCAAAAGAUGAACGCCAGCGCUGGAGAUCUCAUCCUCAUCGCUGUUGGAGCCCAGAAACAAGUGCGUCCUCUGCUGGGAAAGCUCAGACUGCAGUGUGCUGAGCUGUUGGAGGGGCGGGGCGUCUCUGUUCGGGACCCAUCGGUCUAUCACUUUCUGUGGGUGGUGGACUUUCCCCUGUUCUUGCCCAAAGAGGAUGAGCCGGGACAGCUGGAGUCUGCACACCACCCCUUCACUGCCCCGGUGCCUGAGGAUGUCCACCUGCUCUAUACUGAACCUGAUAAGGUGCGCGGCCAACACUACGACCUGGUGCUGAAUGGCUGCGAGAUUGGCGGCGGCUCCAUCCGCAUUCACGACGCCACUCAGCAGCUCUACGUCCUGGAAAACAUACUAAAAGAGGAUCAUUCUCUCCUGUCUCACCUUUUGGAAGCGCUGGACUCGGGUGCCCCUCCACACGGCGGGAUUGCUUUAGGGUUGGACAGACUGGUUUCAAUAAUUGUUGGUGCUUCCAGCAUAAGGGAUGUAAUCGCCUUCCCCAAAUCCUUCAAAGGCUAUGACCUGAUGAGCCACGCCCCUGAUUAUGUGUCGGAGGAGGAGCUUAAGUCGUACCACAUCUCUGUCCUCAGGCCUAGCGCUAAGAACCAAGAGGAUGAAAAGCCUUGACCGUUCCACCAUACUCUUAUAGUCCUUUUAAUAAACACAUAAAUAUAUGCAUUUAA